AUGCGGCUCCCUGUGCCCCUGGUUGUGCGACGGUGGUCGGUCUUGUGCCGUCCCUGCCUGGUGAAGCACCGAAGCUUCACGGAGGGGAACACUGGCGAUGUGUUUCAGCAGCUGCGGGUGCUGACGCAGCCCUGUGACGGACAGCAGCUGGCAAGGCUUGCGGCCGCAGCAACUGACUCUGCGCGGCACGGCGUGCUGACCUCCAAGCAGGCCGCCCUCCUGGCUUACCGCCUGGAGGCGGUGGGGUGGUUCUCCAUCGAUGUUUGCGAAGCCCUUGCGAGCAGUGCCGAACGUUUCGUGGAGGACCUCACAGUUGCCGAAUGGCUCGUGAUCCUGCGGUACUUUGCGGCCGCAGGCUUCACGCACCCGAACUUCUCGGCAGCUGCUGCGCAGUGGCUAAGUGGCUCUGCUGAAGAUGUAGGCGGCUCAGGGCAGCUACAGCUUCCACAGCUCCAAGAGCUCGUCGCAACACUGGCUUCCACGGGACACUUGAGUGGCCCAGCUGCCGAGGCCGUUGUCCGGGCAUUGACACACCUGCCUCCAGAGCCGGACACGGGAACCUUGGUGAAGCUCACUGCCUGCCUGGCUGCAGCCGAUGCAGGGGAGCCUGCCUUCUAUCAAAAUGUUGUAGCCUCUGUGUCCAAACUGAAGACUGGCUCCACGAGUUGGGCCCCUGUUGUGGAAGAGCUCGACAGCAGUGACUUCUGGAGGCUCUCCGUCCUGUUCCUGCUCGCUAAGGCCGACAUCGUUCGCUGGCCCUUGGUUUUGAACAUCUUGCGGAAGCUGGACCCUCGGGUGGCCAGAAUGGGCCUUCCCGGCUCCCUCGUGCCCCGAAUUUGCCGGCAGCUGCGGCUCGCGGCCUCCGAGAACGAGGCGAUCCUGUUGGAGGUUCGGCCUCUGGCUCUGGAACUCGCCAGAGCUGCUGCCACGGCCCUUUCUGGCUUUCGGAGCCCUCAGGCUGCAGACGUGGCCACAGGCUUGGGUUUCCUGGGUGCCAUCGACAAUCAGCUUGCCGAGGCUCUCUGGAAGCAUGUCGCAGAGUCUUCGACUGCGCCAAACGGCACCGCUGAGGAGGCCGGUCAUGGGUCGAUACGUGCAAGGUGCCUCCUGCAAACUGCGUGGGCUGCUCUCGUCGCCCGAUGCAUGGAACCCCAUCAGGACAUGCAACUACCAGGCUUUGGAGACAUGCUUUCCCUGCUUCCGGAUGCCCAGCUUGGCACUGCAGACAGGAUAUUGAUGCAACAAGCGCGGCAAGUGGCGCUUUGCAUGGCGUCUGCCAACGUGAAGAUUGCACAGAAAGAGCGGACUACGUUCUCUCAGCCUUUCGGCCGUGCCUUCUUUACGCGACACCGGCAAAGCGACCAAGUUCGCAUUGGCAAAGCCUUCGUGGCGCGAUUGCGCGAACUUGGUGUUUACUGCCGAGAGAUCCCGGGCUGGAAAGCAGUGCCUGCCGGCUUCGGCGAGAUGGCGGAGAAAGAGGCACGGCCGCAGGCUGGGCGUGCUGGCAAAGGUGGAAGGAGGUCACUGUGGAGGCAGCGACAGCAGCCCAAAGGCACCGAGGCCCCCGUGGCAGCCAGAGACACCUUUGUGGUGGUUUACACACCGGAGCGGGACGGCGUUCGUGAGAAAAAGCUCCGGCAGGCCUGA